CCUAUAAAUUAAAACCGCCUUCUGCCUCAAAUUCCUCAACCCAGAAAAACAAAAAUAAAAUUAAAACUAAAAAAAAAUUGUGAAUAGUAAUGGACUGGGAUUGGCUUCUCAGUUUUGCAAGCGCAAUUGUUGUCCAGCAAUCGGCGGCAAGCAAAGCGCCGGAGACGGAGAAAGUGGCUAAUUACGGUUUCCAAAUGCCGCUGCAUUAUCCGCGGUACGCGAGAUCGGACUACGAGAAGAUGAAUGAGGAGCAGAUCGACUUGCUUCUUCGCCAGUAUGGGCUAAACUUCAGGGGUGAUUUGGACGAGAAAAGGAAGUUUGCGAUGGGUGCAUUUCUGUGGCCGGAUCAGUUCUGAUCCAUAUAAUUAUGUAAGCGUGGGAGAUAUAUAUAAUUAUAAUUAAUUGUUGUAAAUUAAAGUGGGAUAUUGAUUAAUUAUGGCUUCAAUUCUCGACUUCUUGUUGUUGUAAUAGGGGUUGAGGUAUCCUGUGGGCUGUGGCUAAAUUAGGUUUUAUAUUUGGUCGUAAAAUUUCAUUGUUUUAAUUUUGAAUUUGAUAAUAAAAGUUUAAUGCUUGUGAGA